UGCCAUUGAUGCAACAAUCUUCAGUCUAAUAAAACCCACUGCCAUAUCUCUCUUACUGAGUUCAGGCCUCCACCGUUCCACUCUGCUCUCCCUCGAAAGACAUAUUUCCUCCGCCAUGAUCGCGCUGAGCCGCCAUUCCUCCACCGCAAAAGCGGCAGUACCGGCUGUUUACCGUCUGUUUAACAUCACUUUGAGCAGGUUCUUCAGCACUGCAGGUGCAGCAGCUGAGGCGCAGCUGGAACCCGACUACUACUACUACAACGAGCCGCCCCGACGCAACCCGCUUGGCGCCAUGGAUGACACAGAAAAUUCGGUUCCAGGAAGAGGAGUGCAGUGGGCGUUUAUAGGAAGCCCACGCGCGAAGAAGCGCGUGUAUGCUGAGACUCUCUCGAAGCUUCUGGAAGUACCUUGCAUUUCCAUGGCUAGUCUCGCUCGCCAAGAACUUAAUCCUCGCUCUUCUCUGUAUAAACAGAUUGCAAAUGCUGUGAAUCGUAGGAUGCUUGUUCCAGAGGAUAUAAUUUUUGGCCUGUUAUCAAAGAGGUUGGAAGAUGGGUAUUACAAAGGUGAAACUGGUUUUAUUCUGGAUGGAAUUCCUCGUUCACGGUUACAAGCUGAGAUUCUUGAUCAACUUGUGGAGAUUGAUUUGGUCGUGAAUUUUAGGUGCACUGAUGAUUCCUUGGUGAAACACCAAGAAGAAGGUAUCUGGAAAGAGAGAGUCUAUGCUGAACAGAGCAAGCCACUAGAAGAUUAUUACCAGAAACAAAAAAGGCUUCUUGACUUUCAAGUAGGCAGUGCACCAGCAGAGAAUUGGCAGGGGCUAUUGGCUGCAUUGCAUCUACAACACAUAAAUGCUGCGUGCUCUUCAAAGAAACCGACCACAUCAUCUAGCAUGCUCUGAAAUUCUUAUCACCCUAUAUUAGAUUGAGAUGUCAACUUUACUGUAAAUACAAGUAAUGUGAAUAGCGUCACGAGGAGGAAAUUUCUAUAGCGAAUGAGAUGGGAAAUGCAAGUUUCCAUGUAUUGUCUUGCUUACUAAUUGAAAGAACUGAAGAAGGUUUGAUGAUUCAAGUCUGCAAUAUAUAGUCCUUCACUGCGAAGUAUGAAAAGAUCAAUGUUCUUGUAGAAUAACAGAUACAUACAGUAUCAUCACUGGUUUGGUUUCCAUGUAUUGUCUUGCGUACUAAUUGAAAGAACUGAAGGUUUGAUGAUUCAAGUCUGCAACAUAUAGUCGUUCACUGCGAAAUAUGAGAAGAUCAAUGUUCUUGUAGAAUAACAGAUACAUACAGUAUCAUCACUGGUUUGGUUUCCAUCUUUCCAUGGAGUUCCAAGGUAUGCUAGAAAAGAGCUUUCCCUCCCCAACAAUAGAAUGAAAACCAAGGGGAGAUGAGGAGAGUAUUAUCGAAGAAUUGUGCUGUGGACAGUCGAUCCCCAUCUGGACAUAUGUCCACAAGAAUCUCAAAUGGUAAAUUUAGGAGAGUCUAAACUGAUUUUGUUUGCCGAAUGGCAUAUCAACGUUGUAAAGCCUUUGUAUUAUAAACACUAUCAUCGUUUUUCUGCUUUCGGGCUCCACUCUGAUUUUGUUUGCCAAUUGGCAUAUCAAUGCAGUAGACAUCAACUUUCAACCCA